AUGCCAAAGGGGCCCAAAAUAGACGGAUCUCAUGUGAUCGAGGCCUGCGAAGCCGCCCAGUGCGAAAGAAACCCGAAUCUAGCCAAGAUCGCACGGAAAUAUGAUAUUUCGUACGAGAUACUGCGCGGUCGCAUUUGCCGGGCUCAACAGGCUCGUAGCGCCCGCAUACCUAAAAACAAGGCUCUUGAUGAGUAUCAGGGGAAAGCUCUGGUCCAAUGGACCCUUCGUAUGCGUGAUUUAUAUCGCCCCGUUACCCUUGAGAUGCUCACAGAGUGGGCGAGUCCGGUCCUCGUACGUGCUGGUUCAAAUCAGGAAGUCAGUAACAUGUGGGCGUAUCAUUACGAUAGAAGACUCCCAGCAUAUCUUAUCUUAAGCCCUGUGAUACAGAGAAUGAAGGAUAUGAAACAUCUUGACGCAGAUGAUGUAGCAUACCAACAGCACCGGUAUGAUCAGCCUGCGAACGUACUCAAAGGUCUCCCAUCACACGUAAUCUAUAAAUUCGAUGAAUGCGGCUUCCAACCCGGCCAGGGAAGGGCUCGGAAGGAUGUUGGCAGGAAGGAAAGAUGCCCUGAGCUCGCUGGGUUCGAUCAUACUCAAAAUACCACAGCGAUCGAGUGUAUCGCUACUAAUGGGAGGGAUCAUGGAGUCGCUGUACCUUUUCUGAGGCGAGAAGUUCAUGGAAAGUUGGUAUGA